AUGGGCAGCGCUAUGGCCCGGAACCUCUCCAAGAAGUAUCCUCUCAUGGCUUGGAAUCGAAGUCCCGCCAAAUAUGCCACCCUCAAGCAAGCCGGAGCAGUCUCGAUUGGAGAAACACCUGCAAGAGUCGUGGAGAACUCAGACAUUAUCUUUAUGAUGCUCUUCAAUGCCGCAGCAAUCCAGUCCAUCCUUGACGCCGAUUUCAAACGGGCUCUUCCAGGCAAAAUACUAGUCAACACUAGUUCGGUGUCUGUCGAAUCCAGCAAACUUUUCGAUAAAGAGAUCCGAGAAGCCGGUGGACAGUUUCUCGAGAUGCCGGUUAGUGGCAGCAAAGUUCCCGCGGAAGAAGGUCAGCUCGUUGGGAUGAUGGCUGGAGACCCGGAUCUGGCAAACACUAUCAGGCCUUUCGUGAAACCGAUCACUCGCUCUGCUGUCUACUGCGGUCCUAUUGGCUCCGGCCUGAAGGCAAAGUACGCCAUCAACACAUUGCUGAUCACUCUCACCGUUGGAUUGGCUGAGUCUAUGAGUCUGGCCAAGGCCCAGGGUCUCGAUCUUGCAGCGUUCAGACAAGUCCUGGAGGCGUGUCCUAUGGCAUCAGCCUAUUCGCAUAUCAAAAUCGGCAAGAUGCUUGAUCAGGAUUGGUCUCCACAGGCCGCGCUCAAGGAUUGUUACAAUAGCACGCAGCUCAUUCAGUCUGCCGCUGUUUCAGCAAAUGUCAAGUCGCCACUCAUGGAUGUGUGCGGGAAGCUAUAUGCACAGGCUUUGGACGCGGGCCAGGGAGAAGAAGACAUGAUUGCGAUUGCUAAACAGAUUGGGAACCGCGAAGAAUAG